AUGAAGCGAGUAUCAAAGAGCAACUCGUUCGCUCAUCCCAUGGGUCAUCUCGAUGCAUCGAAAAUCAACAGGCCAUCCCAUGAGUUUGAGGUAGCCCGAAAUGAGAUCUCAGCUCUCAUACAGCAGCCAAUAGAGCCACCUCGAUUUCAUUCUCAGGCUGCAGCGCCAUCCUUCAAUUCUUACAAGAUGCCGACAGCACAAGACAUACCUUCCGUAGCACUUACUGAUGUGGAGAUUGUUAGCUCUGACAGCUUCCAGCCAUACAUAUCGCAAGUGGGUGCUUUAUACGAGCAGUCACAACGCCUAAGAAAAGGCGAGAACGAAUUUGAGGUAACCUAUAGUAAAAGAUUGGACAAUAAUUUCCAAGAAUACCAGGUUUCAUUUCCUUUCGGGGAACAGUUGGAUUUCACUGCAAAAAAACAUUUCGACUCUGGAGAAAAGGUCGCUAUCGGGAAGGAGAUAUCCAAAAACUAUCACGAUCCACCACCACUUUCUACUGUUCCAAAGGUAUACUUCUCUCCUGACUUUCGGCUCGAAAAUCCCAGGACAUUCGACAGUGUUAUUGAACGAUCUGAUGUUGUACCGUCAACCCCUCUCGAACGACAAAUUCAUGGAGCUGCGGUGCCUCAAAGAAAACCCUUGGCUACAAAUGCGAUUCUCCAAGAGAAGCUCUCCUACUACAUGGAUACUGUAGAAGCAAAUCUACAAAUUUCUAUUGCUUUAGCAUCUAACUCUUUUUUCACUGCUCUCGAGUCGCUAAAGGAACUUCACUUGGAUACGAUAGAAUCAGUUAGUAGAGUCAAAACGCUGCGAAACUACCUUAUCUCACUGGAUAACGAUGUGUCUAAUCAAGGCCUGCACCUCAUACAGAAAAGACGCAUGUACCGCAACCUGCACCAAAUGAGCGAUAGUGUCCUGCAAAUGAAGCGAAUUAUGGAAAAAGUGGCGCAUUGUGAGUCUUUAGUGGACCAAGAGGAGGCAGAAGAGGCACUUAAAGAGAUUCGUGCCACCGAGCUUUUGAUUUCCGGUGCGCCAGGCGAUGUUGCAGGCGAAGAAGGCAUGGCACAAAGUCAAUUUCAAGACUUACGAGGCGUUGCAGAAUUGAAGAAUGUGCUGACUGAUCUAAAGACUCUCCGGUCUCGAACGGGUAAACUCCUCGAGUCUAGGUUUCAAGAUCUACUUAUUUGUGAUCUUCGACAUCACGCCGCAUCGAUAGACACAGUAGAUGUGCUUUCAAGAUGGGAUGCUGCUUCGCAACGAUCCCAAGAACACAGAAAUAGCAAGAUUGACACGUCCCCUGGGUAUCAUACAGUGUCUGAGGACUUCCGGACCACCCUGAUAUCUCAAAUUUUUGGUCUUCAUCAGUCAUCCUCUACACUGAGUGCAAUUAAGACGUACCGAAAAUUAGUAAAGCAGGAGAUAUACAACGUUGUGCAAAAAUGGUUACCUAAUACGCCUAGAGACAAUGAGACAGCGAUGUCUCGGUCGACUACGAGUGGAAGUCGCAAUCACGUCAUACAAGAGAAGUCGUCCAUUCUGAGCCAGAAUCUUUGCAUUCUCAGCCCAAAUGAUGCGGAGACUCUGUUUUCAAGUAUAUAUGUUAGCGUCACAGCGUUUCUAAGAAGAUUAAAAGUCCAGUCCGAGCUACUACUAGAUGUUGCUUGCGCUAUUGGGGGGAGCCAAAAUGAUGCGCAUAGUUCGCUUGAUAUCGCCAAUCUUUUGGGCCAGACAGUGGACAUUGCCCAGGAGACCAUAAUCAAAAUUCUUAGAGUUCGAUCGGAGCAGGUUAAAGAAUUACCACUAGCUCACUUUCUCCGCUACUUUACACUCAAUCGUCUUUUUAUCAACAAGUGUGAGGCCAUCUCGGGGCGACCGGGAACAUCGCUAAAGAAUGUUCUAAACGAUCACAUUACUGACUUUAUCGGAUCGCAUAAGGAUAGAGAGAUUCAAAUACUUGUCCAGGCAGCAGAUACCGACAAUUGGCAAGAAACGUAUUUCACAUAUGGAGACAAGCAUUAUCUAAAUCAGACUCUUGAUUGUGGCCUCUGUGAUCCGCCGACGUGGAGCGAGAAUAGCAAAAUCUGGAUCCCGCUGUCACCGGAUGAGAAUGAAGAUAUUCAAACUUUAGAAAAGACCCAGACGAACAAAAUUUCAAAAGACAAGAUUCGACCUGCUAUUAUCAAAGACGAAGCUUUUUUGCUUCCUGGAUCCGCCAUCCUCUGUCUGAAAGGAAUCACACAUUUUCUCCACCUCAUGUGCAGAAUUCCCUCCAUGACAGCUGACAUUGCCAAGUCACUUGUAUCCUACCUCCAAAUAUACGACUCGCGAUGCCGUCAGCUUGUCCUCGGUGCUGGAGCUAUGCGUUCAGCUGGUCUUAGAGUCAUCACAAUGAAGCAUCUAAGCGUCACAUCGCGAGCGUUAGCUUUUUAUGCGACGCUUAUCCCGUAUAUCAUCAAGUUUGUCCACCGUCAUACGCCGAAUUUGAGUGUUAUCCGCGAUUUUGAGAAGGUACAACACUCGUUUCAAGAACACCAAGAUAGUAUCUAUCAGAAAAUGGUUGAUAUUAUGGCGCAGACAUUGGCAAGGCGGUUGCAAGAGAACGAGAAGGAGAGUCACGAUGCAGAAGGUGUUAGCAAGUACAUGAUUGACUUAGUUGCCAACACAGACCAGCUGGGAAAGGCAUUUGACAUGAAUUUGGGAGAUCAAGCUCGCCGUGAUCAUGUCCUUCGUGACAUUUCCCACCUUAUCAGCAAACUUGGUAAGAUAGAUGGGUUCGAGCAUUUGGGUACGAAGCUUGUAAAGAUCGUCGAGAGUAAGAAGAUAAAUGACUCGUCAUAA